CAUAUCUGGUCUCACUGCGUCGAACAGCUGCGAAUUUUGCAAAAAUUUGUUUACACCUUGAAAAAUUAACAGAUUUCGUCCGUUCGUCAUCAUGAACGAGUUCAAAGUGCCCGCUCCCCUGCCCAAACCAAAAGUAAUUAUAACAGAGAAGCCGCGCUCUGAAGUUCCUGCAGAACCACCGCCUCCGCCCUUGAAAAUCCCAAAAACACCCAAAUCCUCGCCAGCGGCCGUCUGUCCCUACAAGGUGCCCAAGUGGUCAGCUCCGCCAGCCGAAAAUCAGAACUACAGGUUUGAGGUGCUCAAAUCCGGUCAGAUCAUCGACACUGUGCAUCAGCUGCAGCAACAGGCAAUCUGGACUUUUGGCCGUUUGCCAGAGAACGAUGUGCCCGCCGCCCAUCCGACGAUCUCACGCUUCCACGUGGUGCUACAGUACAAGCCUAAGGCUCCACCAAAGCUGGAUUCCAAUAAGGAAGGCGAUGAGAUGGGUGAAGAGGACGAAGAGUCAAAGAACGAUCAGCCAGAGGGCUGGUACAUUUACGACAUGGGUAGCACUCACGGAACUUUUUUAAACAAGCAACGCGUGCCGCCAAAGGUCUACAUCCGCAUGCGGGUUGGACACAUGCUCAAGUUAGGCGGCAGCACACGCGUGUAUAUUCUGCAGGGUCCCGGUGAGGAUGAGGAACCGGAAUCAGAGCUAUCUGUAACCGAAUUGCGUCAAAAGAGAGAGAAGGAGCUGGCUGAUGCAGCCGUGGAACGAGAGUUGAGGCUUCUGGAAGCUGAGGAGCGAGAGCGCAAUGAGGGCGUCAGCUGGGGUAUGGGGGACGACGCCGACGAGGAGACAGAUCUUAGUCACAAUCCCUACGCCAGCACCAAUAACGAGGAGCUUUUCUUUGACGACCCAAAGAAAACGUUACGCGGUUUUUUCGAGCGAGAGGGUCUAAACCUAGAGUACAGGUGCGACGAGCUGUCUACCGGCUCCUUUGUUUGCCGGGUGGAGCUUCCGCUCGACGAUUCCAAUGGCAGGCCAAUCAUUGUGGAGGUUAACCACAAGGGGCGCAAAAAGGACUGCGUGGUGCAAUGCGCCCUGGAGGCUUGUCGAACGCUCGACAGGCAUGGUGUGCUGCGUCAAGCGAACCAGGAGGCCCAAAAAAGGAAGCUGCUCAAGAAUCGGGACUCUGAUGACGAAGAUGAGUUUUGGGAUCGCACUGGAGAUGUGGCUCGAAAGAAGCAGCGAAAAGAGAAUGCCGGAGUCAGUGUCACCCUUACCUAUGAGGAUUUGCUGAAACAAGAGAUUGAGCUCAACUUAGAAUUGGAAAAGGUAGAGCAGGAGAUUUCAACUUACCAACAAAAGGAAAAAAAGCUGAAAGAGUUGUCGGCCAAACAGCAAACUGAGGGUGAUGAUCUGGACAACUUCAUGGACACGCUCACCAAAGACGUCGAGAAACUGGACAAGACGGAGAUCAAAAAAUUAAGGUUGGAGCAGAAACGACUCAAGGAUGAGCACCAAAAGGUGGAACGCUUACUGAAGAUAGCCAAGCCCACUGCUCUGCCAUUCACCACAAGCCUUGCUGCUGGUUCUAAGGAGUCGGUCGCCCAGAAGGGUGCAGUCAAAAAACAACUCCCCAUGAUUGGCAAGAGAAAUCAGUUUAGUAAAUUCAAGGUGGUCAAAGCGCCAACAAGCACACAGACUGUGCCCCAAUCUAAUGCAUUUGCCUCCGAUGAGGAGGAAGUCGAAGAGGAAGAGGUCCAAGAAACAGUAAAGGAUACGGAGGGGGACAAUUUGAAGAAGGAAGUGACAAAACAGGAAAGUACGACAAAGCCAUCGACUCCAGAAAACGAUAACUUGAAGGAUACCGAACUCCCUGCUCAACCGGAAGUUAGCAAACCAACAGUCGCUAAAACGGAAGUCUUAAAACCAGACAACGUGAGGUCAACAAAAGUUUCAUCGGAAGUGCCCCCAGAUCCCACCGACACUGUUGCUUCAACUAAUACAGCUGAAGGCACCAGCACCCCUGCAAAAGACUGCAGCACGCCAGCAGAAGACUUCAGUGCCCCAGCAGACGACACAUCGGAACCGGAAGAAGCGCAGAAAAAGCGACGUCAACGCCAGCGACAACGCACCAAACAGCGCCAGGAUGUGGACAUGGACCAGAACGAGCUGGCCGAGCAUGAGGACACCGAAAAGUACGCCAAGUGGGUGCCACCGUCCAACCAGAGCGGCGAUGGAAUCACCCACUUGAACGAGAAGUUUGGCUACUAGCCCAUUGGUAGCCCUAAAACACCGGAAAUGUUUAGUUUACAAGUACUGUAAAACUAGUCUACACGCGUAAUAGAUGUAUUCUCUAAGACCCUCUCAUUAUUACUUUGUAAAUGUUGAACCCCUGAA